AUGCCAAACAUCUUCGCAUCGCCUCACCUAUCACACAUGUGGGAGCUUCCUGACUUUCCUUUGGCUGACAAUGCGACAGCACAACAAGUCAUGACCUUGAUGGACUCCCUAGCGCUCAAAAUCCACCCAGAAGGAUACUGGCAUCUCUCCUGGGUCACCAGCGUCAGCAACGUCAUCAUCUUUCUGUUUAUCGCCAUGGCGAUGCGUAUUUACAGAUCGCAAAAGAGUCCAGUGCCUUUGUGGCUGUUUAAGCUCGAACAGCGGCCGUACAAGGUUUGGCGUCGUCGAAAGAGCAAUUCGAAUCCCAACAGAAAGGCUCGCUUCUGGAAACCCUUCAGAUCGAGCAUUGCCAACGCCACCUCUGCUGCCGAAAAGGCCACCGCCACGACCGACGCUUCAAACACAGACAGGGGUGAAGAGAGCGAAACACGAAUGGGCUCCUUCAUCACCGCCUCAUGCGUCAACUGUCAUCUCGUCCUCACCAGCGGUUACGUUCUACUUUUCUUCGUCCGUGUCAUCGAAGGAUACGUGACACGCGAUGCAUCCGACUCACCACCGCUCAUCGAACCAUUCAUGAUCGACGCAGCGAUGCAAGCGGCCAUUUUCUCAACCGCCUACUUUGCUGCCCUUGGCUACAUUGCCAUUCUGCUACCCAACAUACCACCCUGGAUCUGGAACAACACUGUCAUCAGCGUCUAUGCUACGACUAUACUUGUUGGUCUCGUCUGCCUCAUCAGUAUCGCUGCUUCUGCCAGCAAGAUCAAUUAUUACCGAACUUUGGCCUACAAUGAUCUCUUUACACUACCUUCGCUGUUCAACUCUAUCAGCACUGUCGAGGGGACAAUCAAUUCAGCAGCAAUUCAGAUCGCAAGGGUGGCCUACAAGGAAGCAAUGGAUCAAAGAGUAUGGUUAUUAGGUGCACAUGGACUUGUAUCUAUUGGCGGAAUUCUCCUUUCGCUGGCAUACCUGCUGAUCUUUGUGACGCUGACCAAGGAAGUUGCUGGAGAGCUGGUGCAACUUCGUCAUGAGCCGCCACAAGGUCGUGGGCAUGCGCUAUCUUCGCAAGUUGGGAAUAAUGUUGUCACAACAUGGCCUUCAGCUGCAGUUCCAUACAGUGCACCUGCUUGGCAACCUAAUACUUUCCUAGCUCAACCAAAUCGGUUUAGCUUACCCCUCAGAAUGGCAGUUAGAACUCCUCCUCCUACUCCAGCACCGAAGGGACCUCUUCCUUUGCCGCCUGCUCGGACGCCAACCAGCUCAACUUGGCGAUUUUCGGCUUCUGAUUCUAUCGGUCAUGACACCCGAGAAGUGAUUGCUCAUGCAUCAAUACCGAUGUUGCGAGCGAAAUCUUCCAUGUCUUCCAUUACAGAGUACGGAAUAGCAACUAGGACAAGAGGCAGCGUUCAGCAGCAUACAGUUGUACGAGAGGCAUCUCAAACAAGCUUUCCACCUACCCUUGAGCAGUUUCGCGAGGAUUCAAAUCAAGCCAUUCUCGACAGAACGCAUUGCACUAGCUAUGCGCAUUCAUCAUCACACUCUAUCGAAGAAGAUGAAGAGUUACAUUUGGGUCCACGCAUUCGCCUUGACUCGCAACCAACACCUUGGGUGAUCGACACACUUCAUGAGGACUUAGCUUCGAACGAAGGAUACGUCGCUGUCUGUCGCUUCCUCUUCAACUGCAUUAUUGACCAUUUGGCUUUAACGCUACAGUGUUUCGCUUUUGGCGUAUAUUCUAUAUAUCUGUGCAUAAUCUUCAGCAAAGAUUACCCCUACGACGCCCAAAAAGCUUCUAUGCAAGCCGCUCGAGUCAACAUGGUUUUCUCAUGUUCCUUCACCUUGCUUUAUCUCGUUAACUCGUUGAAUCUUUUUGCGCCAUUCUUGUUGUUUCCCGCGAGCCAGGUAAAGUUGGCGACUAUGUUGGCUUCCUUAACUUCUCCCAAUGCUAGGCUGCAUUUGGAUGGGUCAGGCGAGAGAAGAAAGAUAGGUACCAAGAAAGCAAAGAUUGGCAACAAUCGAAAUUCCACCAGAUUGGAUAGAAAGGAGUCGAGUAAGCAGUUGUUGACCUCGGGUGGCAAGGUGAGAAGUGAUACAUAUUCAGAGAGGCAAUAUCGAAAUCCGGAUCCUUUGCCUACUCAUCCUUAUUCUGCUGGCUAUCAUCCUAGUAACAAUCAUGCUACGAUGCAACAUUCUGUGGGGGGAUUGGCCAGUAUGCAGGCGAUCAAACGGGUCGAAGAAGAAGAAGAAGGUGAUGUUGUAGCGAUCAAGGCGAGUAGUGCUCCCGUGAAAAAGAUCGUUGCUGCUGUAAAGAUCUUCCAUCCUCGUCCCACCUCUCCGAGUAGCACUGAGACUUUACCCAAACCAACCGAGGACCAAGGGCAAGCAAAUGGUUUAGGGCUCUUCUCGACCAUCGUCAAACACACACCUUUUUCUUCGCUCCUAACCGGCUGCAAUCGACCUUCUUCUUUCCCCUUCGCCACUCAAACCACUCCUGAGCCAAACCCCACAUAUCCAAAAUCAUCCACGGAGGUAACGCGACGUCCAACUAAAGGUCGCCAACUAGUCCUCGACUCGCUCAUCUCUUCCCACGCACUUCCCAUUCAGGGGUUUUACUGUCACCAUUCCACAGCCUCGUCCAACACCAAGGGUGUUGGUGUCAACAUGUUGCAGGUAAACGAAAUGGUGGAACUAGGACUCACACCUUCUCGCUAUGAAGCUACACUUGCAUGUCAAAAUUCAAAACAACAGGAGGUCCAAGAAGAACUUGAAUGCCUACCCUCAACCACCCCCACCUCAAGAGGAGUUUGGAUGGGAAAAGAAUCCAACCAACGUAGACAAAAGUUUAGACAGCAAUUGCGAGGACAAGUGGUACAAGAAUCUCAGAUCCUUUCUCCACUUUCACCGACCUGUUUAAAUGUUAAAGAUGACGAGCAAGAAUCGGUGGAAGAGGGAGCAAGAGGAAGAAGUUCUUCCUGUUUAACAAGGGGUCCCAUCUCUCCUAAAACGCCGACUACUCCCAACCCAAUUCAAGAAGAAAAAGACAGAGAGCAAGGUGAAACACAUAUCUCGCUCCCACUUUCACCUUUCCCCCCUAGCGAGGAGAGUGAAAGAAGCACUUCCAGCGACAAUGCUUUUUUGAGAGCAUACAAAGCGGCUGACAGUGUUGGUGGGAACAAGGACGAGGAAGAGGAGGAAGAGGAGGAGGAGGGAACAUUUGGCGGUAGUUUCUAA